AUGGAACAGAAAUUCAACGAGGCCAUCCAGCAGAUCUUUCAGAGAUGGACCACCUUAGCUCUUGCAACAGAACAAGGUUGGGGUGGCCGAGACUCCCUCGCGAAGGGAAGACGGCUACAAGCUGAGGUGGUUGACUAUCUCAGUGCUGGUUCCAGGAAGCGACGGCCCAUCAGCUGGGAGAAUCCUGGAGACGUGGAGGAGCUUGCUCACUUCCUCUACCUUCGCAUCGAUGAGCUCUUCAACACCGAGACGGAUGACGGCUCCACGACGGAAGUGGCCACACUUUGCCUGCGGCUUUUCAAUACUUGCCAUCAGGGCGACACAAGCUUUGCUGACCAAGUUCUUCAGGCCUGCAACUCCACCUCCAAGCCAGACCUGGCCAAGAGUCAGGGCUCUGAGCGCAUCGAGUACGCCACGGAGGAGGAUGAGCUUCUCGACAAGUUGGAUGGGAUGGAGAUUGAUGAGGGGAGCGAUGUGGAGUCGGAUGACAAGGCCUUGCAGGAUCUUGUCGAGCAGCCCACAGCUGCACAGCCCACUGUGGGUGGUUAUGCCAAGCGGGACAUCCCUGAGCCCGUUGUGGACGAGGAUGGUUUCACCUCAGUUGUGAAGGGCCGGCGGAAGCCGCGCUGA